AAGGACACACACACACACGCACGCGCGCCCUCGCGCACAAACACAUAGGCAGUUGCCAGCUGGUUGUAGGGCUCGGAGCUUUUAUUCUUCCCCUCGUUUCACGGUCCACAGCAAACACACACACGCGCGCGCGCGCACACACAUGCACACGCGCUCUACACGCGAGAGUCAUCAGUGAGCUGCAGAACUGCAGAGUUUGCGAACCGUUUCUCGCGCUCGUUCAUCAUCAUCAUCAUCAUCCACAACUUUAAUCGCGGAGAGAUUACAGCAGCGCGUGCAGCAGGAUCGGAUCUCAACCACCGGUCCUUCCUCUUGGUUCAGCAUGGAUAAACACCCGGAGGAGAGGAAAGCAUCUCCGGAGCACGGUUCUGUCUCCGCGCGCCGCUGGCCCUCUCUCUCCGCCGCCGCCGCCGCCGUGUGUCUCGCGCUGUCGCUGAGCGCUCUGGCCACGUGCUGUCUCACGGUGAUUAAAACGCGCGAGAUGGAGAGCAGAGUGCUCGCGCUGGAGCGGAUGACUGACCGCCCGGUGACCGAGGAGCUGCGAGACUCCGUCCGAAGUCUGGUGCAAGAAGCGCUGAGUGAGCUGAAGCCAAAACUACGUCCGGCCAGAGACGUGACCCACGAGUGCGUCUGUCCUCCAGGUCCUCCGGGAAAGCGUGGAAGGAUGGGACGACGUGGAGAUCCUGGUCCUCCAGUAAGUACCUCACUCCUCUAUAUCCUGUCUGUCUCUCACUCACUUCCUGUAGAGGUUUGCAGAGUGUGUGUGUAA